AACCGCCGCUCCGGCUACGCCUGCGAAUCCCGUUCCUCCGCGCUUGUCAACGCCCCCCUGUCAACCCCGGCUUCGCUCGACAGCCCCCAAUUUUCAUCGGUCCCCAGCGGCGCCGCUCAUCGAAGGCCUCUGGGCUCAGGGGUCCCCAAAAAAUCUGGGCUCCGGUAGGGGGACUCAUUGAUCACACACAUCUCACCAUCCUCCUUCCUCCAGAGUCCACCAUCCCUUUCCUCCCCACCCGUCCCAAAAGGCGCCGAGUUCCCGCAAGGCGGCCCUUCUGGAUGUAGAAACCUUUGGUUUGGUGACCGCCAGCAUCCGCCCUUUCGGCGUCCCGUGAAGGAGUGGGCUUUGCGCAACGACCUGGCGAACAAAGGAGGACGGGAAAGGAGGAGAUUCAGGUGCGAGCCGACAAAGCGCAUUGGUAGGGAGCGACCAUCGGUUCAGAGAGUGGAUCGAGUCUUUUUGGGCGGAGAACAAUGCCGUCCAAAUACAGUUACCAACCUUGCCGGGAAUUCAACGUGGUCGUCCUGGGUGCAGGUGGCGUUGGGAAGAGCUGCUUGACUGCCCAGUUCGUCCACAAUGAGUGGAUUGAGGCCUACGAUCCCACUAUCGAGGACUCAUACAGGACACAGAGGGCCGUCGAUGGCCGGCAAGUAGUGUUGGAGAUUCUCGACACUGCUGGCACAGAGCAAUUUGUUGCCAUGCGAGAUCUCUACAUGAAAACAGGGCAUGGAUUCCUCUUGGUGUUUAGUAUUGCGUCCAAGACGUCGUUCGAGGAGCUCGAGAUGCUCCGUGACGACAUCAUCCGCGUCAAGGAUGACGAGGACAUCCCGAUAGUGAUUGUCGGCAACAAGGCCGACCUGGAGGAUCAACGGGCGGUGGAUCGUGCCAAGGCCUUCUCGCUAUCCCAGCGCUGGAACGCGCCCUACUACGAGGCUAGCGCCAGGACACGAACCAACGUCGACGAGGUCUUCAUUGACCUUUGCCGGCAGAUGCUACGGCGGGAUGACAAGCACGACGACCUGCGUGACGACUCGCAUCCUUCGCGAGCAGACGACCCGGCCGCCAAGAGACACCGCAGGAGGAAACGGAAGGAAAAGUGUGCCAUUUUAUGAGCUCGCCUUCCUCUAUUUCGUGGGGGGGGUUUCGCAGGUCCCUCCGGACGGACGGAGGGACCAGACAUGAGCUACGAAACGACGAAUGAUCUAUUGACAUGCCUCAUUAUGAUGGGUUUGUACAAGCUCGGGACGGCGAGGAGUUUGUUGGGAUACAUUCUAGCGCACCGCCUCUUCACAUUGACUUUUAUUAUUUUG